UAAAAAACAAGGAAAACCCUGUUGUUGUCCUUACUGUCACUGCCAGAAGAUACUACUUAAAUAAGACUUUCAUAACUAGUGCAAAUUUUUAAAUUGCUUCAUUUUGUUCAUGUACAUAAUGCCCAAGGAAAAAAAUGCGUUCAAGGAGUUAAUGUCUCGUAAAUUAUCAGUACCUGAUUACCAGAAUCCUAGUAGCAACGAUAGAUUGAAGAAAAGGAAUUAUUUUGAUAAAAGUACCAGGUCGUAUUGGGGCACGCAUCUGAGAAAGUAUCUUUUGAAACCAGAGGCGGAAUCAAACGUUCUGUACUUUGAUGAUAGUUAUGUUCUCAUUCGUGAUGCAUAUCCAAAAGCACAAGUGCAUUUAUUGUUGAUUCCUCGAGAUCAAGAUGUUUCGAAACUACAUCCAUACGAGAUAAUACGCACGCGCCCAGACAUUAUAAAGAAGCUUCUUCAGUUGAUUAAUGGUGAUCUGAAAAGCAUCAUUCUAAAGGAGGCGCGCUCAACUGUAUAUCAGGAUAUCGAAACAGUGGAUGAAGAAGAAAUAUGGAAUUUUUUAAAUAUUGGGUUUCAUUCCAAACCAUCUGAGAUGAACUUGCAUGUACACAUUAUCUCAAAGGAUAGUGUUUCCUCAAGUAUGAAGAAACCUCUUCAUUACAUUCUGUUUCACACCGAGUAUUUUAUCCCAUUGACAACAGAAGCACAAAACCUUCCCGAUAUAACACAGUUUGGUGACCAGUUUAUGAAACAGGACUUGGUUUGUUGGCGGUGUAAAUGCUCUUUUCAAAGAAAGUUUUCAUCAUUUAAGGAACACCUCAAUGUGGAAUUGGCAACCUACAAGGAGCUAACACUUCAGAGAUUGGCGAAAGAAUCAACGGAGAAAGAUGUUUAAUGAGAAUUAGAAAGUGUGUGAUUUUUGACAUUUUAAACAUAUCUUAAGUCACCAAAAGGCAAUAUUUGGUUAAUUCGUGUAGCGCCAGCGACAAGCAUGCACAGACGGUCCACACCGAUUCCCCAACCGGCUGUCGGCGGAAGACCAUACUGCAUAGCAUUAACAUAAUCUUCAUCUGGUAGCACAAUGUCUUCAUUUGGGAAUGCAUCUUUUUUCUCUACUUGCUGAAGAAACUUUCUCCGUUGUUCAUCUGGGUCAUUUUCUUCUUCGUAAGCGUUGCAAAGUUCGAUUCCGUUAAUGUAUAAUUCGAAGCGUAGUGAUACGCGUUGUUGCCUUGAGCUUAAAAUGAAAGACUGUGAUUUUGCCAAAGGUGCCAAGACCUCCGGAUGAUACAUUAGAAACGUGGGUUUACCUUGGAAAGACGGAAUUAAAAACUGAUCGGCAAGCUCAUCAAGCAUUUUUGAUGUUGUUUGUAUUUGAGGUAAUGCCUGUUGCAGUUUAUUAAAAAUAUGUCUUAAAGCUUCCCGACAAUGAUCUGAUUCAUCAAUGACAGGAAGCUCUUCACCAAGUGCCUUUUCUAAAGCAGGAAGGAAAGACACACUCUGGAAACUCUCUAAAGUGAGCUUGGAGUUCGGAACCUGUAAACUACCAUUAACCUGGUGAAAGAUAACUGCUAAUGUUAGAAUAAAAAGAAAACACAUUGAAAUUAACUCACAGCGUAAAACAUCCACUGUCAUUUCUUGAAGUUCUUCCAAGUUACUGUACGCUGUGUAUAUUUCACAGGAUGUAAAUUCUGGAUUAUGCGUUGCGUCUAUUCCUUCAUUUCUAAAACAUUUUCCGACUUCAAAAAUGCGAUCAAAUCCAGAGAUUACGAGUUGCUUGAGCCAGAUUUCUGGCGCACAUCUCAUUGAUAAUGGUGAACCGUGAAUGUCUGUACUCUUGAAAGGUCUAGCAGCAGCUCCCCCAAAGUGCCUUGACAAGACAGGUGUCUCAACUUCAAGGUAAUCAUGUUCUGUAAAGUAUUUUCGCAAAGAGCUUAUUGUUUGAAAACGUUUGCGAAUAUGAUCCGCCGUGUCUGUGUUCACAAGGUAACUUAGACACUGUUUUUUUGAGUAUUCUUUUGUAAUGUUUAGUUUUUCUGGAAUGUCUUGUAAGCAGGGAGCCAGUAAAGUUGGUUUUUUGUCGACGAAAACAGUGAGCUCACCGGACUUUGUUGUCCCAACAAAACCGGAUACAGCUACGAUAUCGCCUCUCCGAAGGCAAUGAACUGCUUUCAUGCAAUCUGAUUGUUCGACAUCGGGAAAACGCAAUUUAGAAAAAGCCAAUUGAAUAGAAUCGCCGUUUUGAACAAUAUCCGCAAACACAAGACCUGAUCCAAAUACGCGUAGCCUGGACAGCCUCCCACAUAUAGAUACUUUGUGCUGAGAAUGCUCCCCUUUUUCGAAUUUGGAACCGUAGCUCUUCCGAAUAUCCUUUAUACUAAAACUUGGUUUCAAUGAAGGAUUGAAUCUUGGGUAAAGCUGCAAUUUAGCAUCCCUGAAAGUUUGAAAGCGUGUUUCUUUACUCGGCCAUGCUCCUUGAAGACUCUUGGAGUGCUUAUAACGCGUAAAACGAGAAAACGGAUUCAAUAAGAAAGCUGAAGCUCCACGCCAUAAACCAUCUCUUUGCUUCAAAGGUUUGAUGUAAUUGAAUAAGAAAAACAUAAUACUGAAACCAUUUGAUACUUCAUUAAUCCAAAGCUUUAAGCUCGAGGACACGAGUUUAGCGUAGGGGUAGGUUCAAAACCAAAAAGCUACAAAAUAGAACUAGUUGUAGUUUUUUGAGCUUUCAAUAACGGAUUAUAUUGUCAUUUACGUAUCGUUUUCUGCAUAUUCUACUCGAAACCUCCUUGCUAUGAAGGGCUUAAUAAUGAACGGAAAUGAUCAAUAGAUCUAGGAAGUAACGGACGGAACAAGAGAAUAGUAGUAAUAAUGGUACUUACUAACGCUAAUAAUUUUUUUUGAAGAUAGUUUUAUUCGCUAUUCCGCCCAUAGAUUAUGUGAACAAGCUGCCUAAAAAUCCGGACUCACUAAAAGUCGUUUACGAAUAGUGCCCAAGUUCCAGACACGCUUUGAUUCUGGAUUAAUGGCCAUGAGCUCUUGGAGAAAAGCACACUCAGAACCAGGUUGAACCAACAAGCGUGUGCCUGCAAUCUCCAGUACUGUUUUUCCUGACUCGUGGACAUACAUGGUGCCCACCUGACCAGCAGGGGGACAAGAAGCAGGAUUAAGAUCAGCCCCCCCUUCAAAUUCAGGCAAGAUGUCGGGAAACUGUAACAGCAAAGCGUGUCCCUAGAGUUUGUUAGCCGUCAAUGAACAAAAAUAUAAAAGUGCUGAUGCAAACACACACCUCUUCUGUUUCACCGGUCUCUUGACCGUCUAUUUUAAAAUCCUGCGCCAAUGUUUGGAGAUCGAGGAAUAUCCGUUCUUCCUCAACCUUUUCCAAACUUUUCAUCUGUGCCUCCUCCGAAACUUCCUCGGUCUUGUUCUUUUCUGUAUCGUCGACUUCGAUAACGACACGAUCAGAAACAACCGGAACCAUAAAGUUUGCUGAUGUUGUAGCACCUAAGAGCUCGGCGUCAUCCGUCAACUCCUUCAGUUUCUCAAGAUUGACACAGUUCUCCUCAUCCUUAUCCUCUGAGGAGCCUUUUUUACUUGAAAUGAGUUUUGCCAAAGCAUCGUCCUCAGCAGAAGCCUGCCAUCCAGACUGAGCAAUUCCACCAACAGCAGGUCCUCGGGCAGCUGGUGCUGCUGCUGGUCCCAUAGCGAAAGGACCAGAAGCCGUCAAAGGCAAUUCGUGUUUUGGGCGUCUUUGACGCCAAGUGGGCUUCACAUCCUCCAAAAAUUCAUUUUUAAUUUUCUGUUCCUCUUGAAGUCUCUCAGUGUCUCCUCCGCGCCUUCUGGGAACAAGUUUGGGCGUAAAUUUGCGCAUAUUGGUACGUGCUAGGCAGAAUGAACUGGCUUGCAGAAGGCUACCGUAUUAACGAAAUGUAGUGAUGUGUAG